AUGAGAUGGGUUUCGUGGUGUAAAAUUGUGACACCAAAAUUCAUGGGAGGGCUCGGGUUGGGCGAGAUAAGAAGUCUUAAUUGGGCCUUUCUAGCAAAGUGGAAAUGGAGAAUAAAGAGUUGUUCGACACAGUUGUGGGCUCGCGUUAUAUCGGCGAUCCAUGGCAGUCAAAAUAAUGUAGAUAAUAUCCCGCUCAAAAAGGACAUCAGAGGCGUGUGGAAAGACAUCUUGGCAAGUACUAAAGACAUGGAGAAAGCGGGCAUUACGGAGUCGGAUAGGUGGGGUAUUGUCACUGGGGAGGAUAGUAGCUCUAUGUUUUCUGUUACUUUGUUCAGAGAAGAGGUGAUGAAAAAGAUAGGUACAAAGGUUAAUGUUGCGCCUUUUAGGUGGAAUGCAUGGGCUCCUAUUAAAAUCAACUUGUUUGUGUGGAGGUCGGUUAUCGGGUGGAUAGCUACGAAGGCAGCUUUGGCGGAUCGAGGGGUUAAUGUUAGGGGUACAACAUGCAGCCUAUGCGGGUGUGAAAGAGAAUCUGUACAACACUUGAUGGCAACCUGCAUUAUGUCUAAAGCUAUUUGGUGGCAUAUAUUUUCAUGGGUGAAGAUACCAUUCCCUUUGAAUGCACAAUCUUGCCAAGACUUGAUGGGAAUAAUUCAACAACAAUGUGGAAGUUCCAAAUGGAAAAGAGUCAUUGAGGUAGUCUUCUUUGCGACUAUGUGGCGAAUUUGGAGGUCAAGAAAUGACAUCGUCUUUAAUAAUGCAAAAUUGUCGGUAACGAGAACGGUGACAUUAAUCAAGGAAGACGCGUUUUUGUGGGUAAAAAAUAGAUCUCCAUAUGGUAGUCUAAAUUGGGGUAGAUGGUGUGAUUUUAAUAUCCGAGAUGUGAUCAUGUAA